AUGGCGCUUGAGAGCUGGCUCAGGGUCCCAAAUGCCCGCCAAGUCGUCGUCGUCGAUUGGUCCUCCGACCCCCCGCUACAGUCCGUCGUCGACCGCGUUGUGGCCAACUUUAAUAGUUCCGUGGAUGAUUUACCGCAUGUCCAGGUCGUACCCGUCGAAGGAGAGCGCGACUGGGUCCUCACGAGAGCGUACAAUCUCGCUUUUCGACACGCAAGGUUUGACAAUGUCUUCAAACUCGACUGUGAUUAUAUCGUCAAGCCCACCGCCGUUAAGGCUCAUUUGCUUCCGCGGAAACAGGACGUCUUCUUUACCGGCUAUUACAUGAACGCCCGCGACGCCAACGAAAUGCAUCUCAAUGGUGCUUUGGUCAUCAGUAAAAAGCGCUUCUGGGCCGUCGGCGGCUACGACGAGCGCAUCCAGACGUAUGGCUACGACGACGAGGAACUGUACAAGCGCCUUACGAAAAGCGGCAUGCGGAAGAUGAAUAUCAGUUAUGACGAGAUCAGACACGAGCACCACAGCGAUGACAUGCGCGCGCAAGAGAGCGUCAAGUUUCCGCGUGCCCAAAUUGAUAUGAAUAGCUUGUUGCUGGAGAAAAUUAACAGUCCUUGGGGGAGCGGCUAUCGCAAGUCGGAUUAUAAGAGACAGGGGGGAAGUGAAGGUGGCCUUAGAGCUACGUAUGUACCAAAGGCGCUGCAUACUUUAGUAGGAAAGAAGACGAGAGACGAGCUAUGGAAGACCGCGCUAGGGAGAAGGCUAAGGCAGGAUUUUGUCGUGCCUUGGGCGUUGGUCGGGGCCAUGGAUAUAGUGCAGGCGGAGAAGGCGCUAUGGAAUUUCUGUAUUAGGAAGGGGAACAGUACGUAUGAUGAGGUCACUCACACGGGGCAGCGAGUGCGUUUUGUCCUGGUGCAUGUGCAGAAUGGACUUGGGAAUAGGCUGAGGGUAUUGGCGAGCGGUUUGUCUUUUGCAGAACGGACUAGAAGGGAGCCCAUUGUUGUAUGGGAGAAGGAUGUACACUUCGGAGGGAGUUUCUCUGACAUUUUUGAUGGGAAGCAUGCUGAGUUUGCUCCGCGUGGUCAAUAUGAUGAUGCGUGGAAUGAUAUUGAGUUUUACAACUAUAUGAUCGAGGAGAAUGAUGGGAAAGUAAUUGUUGAUGAUGAAGAGAAGAGCAUUUAUUUCAAGUCAGAUUCUGUUAUGAAAACGCCAAUUACCUCAUGGGAGUCUGAAAACGUGCAACUGCAACGUUUGAGAGUGAACUCAGACAUCACUGCAAGAGCGGCGCAAAUCACGAAUAGAAGCGACUUUAAGAAUGUGGGCGGUGUCCAUAUCCGCAAUCGCUCGCUGGAAAACGACAUUGUCGGCGUGAAGGACAACUCCGGAUUGUACCACGACGAUGACGCCGCAGAAAUCAAAAAAUGGCGAGCGACAACCAAGUACACAAACUUUGUAAGCGAAAUGGAAGACUUACUGGAGAGCGGGACGGUGGACAGGUUUUUCGUGGCCAGUGACACUGUCGGGGUUUUGCGUACUAUGCAAAAUUUGUUUCCUGAAGGCAAGGUUUUCUAUCUUGAUAGGGAUUGCGAUGACCGAGGCGGCGAGUGUGAGCAGUACGCAAUGGCAGACUUGCUUGUUCUUUCGAGAACGAAAGUCUUACUAGGGUCCACGUGGUCAAGCUUCAGCGAGGCCGCCAUGAGGUUAGGGGGACCAAAAGCUCUGCUUGCAGGUACUGAUUUUGGUGAGCUCCCAACAUCACCCUCAUCAGCUCCCAGUACUGAUCAGCAUCGGUGACGCAAAGGAGUGAAAAGUUUUGAUCCAUACAAGAAGUUUAGCGGCAAGGAAACCCCUACGCCGGCAGAAUUUUUUUUUAUUGAUGAACUAAUUAUAUAUCUCAUACAAUAGAAACUAUCUUUUAACUGAAGCCUGGUAAACGACAUAUGGCAUCAGACAACAUCGUGAAUGGUAACAAAUAUCGUACGUUUUUGUGAUAGAGGACAGGCUUUAUUUCAUUUUAGUUUUGAGAGUCGUGAAAACUCCGACGCAGUGGCUCAAAACUCUAGUGUAAGAAUGCGGGCAGGCUAGCUAGCACUCCUUCCAUGAUAGCUCGGUGUUCUUUUCAAUUCGUACGUGAACACUGCGCAGGCUCUCCUCUGAUAGUGGCAUCUUUUCGCCCUCCAGAAUACAAAUUAGGAGAGAGUAGCUCUUGUCAAGUGCUACAGCUGAGUACUGUAGAUAGAACAGGUAGAGCCAAUUCUGGGUCUAUAAAGACACGGCCGAAAGAAAAUGUUGUAGCCUCCCCUGGACGCUAGGUGGCGACCGCUUCGUUUCUGGUGCUGAGUCCCACUUGUAGCUGGAGGGUUAACGUGUGCAUCUCUGCUAGCAGUGAAUGUCCUUCUGCUGCGUCGGGUAUACAAGACCUUCCCGGACCGGGAGUACACAGCUUCGCGCCAAAUUGUUCGUCUAGUACAGCAAUGCACCUAGUGAAGCCACGUCAAGGACGAUUCCUAUAUUUCAGUUGCUUUUAGGAUGUAUCUCCAUCCAUAAGUAAAAAAUACUAAGAAUUGUUCGGUCCGAAAGGACCAGGAUGCUUUAGCCUGCCUCCGUUCAGCAUACGUAGCUGCUUCUCCCUUCGCCGUUCUGACGUUACAACCUGACCAGCAGCUUCACCAAGCGGAGAGAGACCGCUACGAACAUUACAUCGUAUCUCAUUGCGAGAAGAGCAGUGAUGUGUUCGUCGCAAGACGCCGUGGAAUGCUUGAUUUCCUUCUAGUUUCGGAAUACAUCACCGCAAACUCCGCCGCUUGCCUCGAUUCGACGCAGCAAUAUAGCCUAUCCACUUAAUGUUGGAGUGGAACGCUUUUAUCAAGCCCGUGGUCUAUGUACUGGAGCUGGUUUUCGCAGCUGUCGUCACCAUUGGCACCGCUGAUGGCCUCUUAUUCCACGAUGCGUCUAUCGACCGUCUUCGAUGCGCCUUCAAUGAUUCAAUCGGGGCUUGUUCUGCUGUGAUUUCGCUCGGGGCUUUAUGCAUGGUGGGAGGAUUCUAUGUGCUAUGGAAGCGCCUAUCUUCUGCCUUUUUAUGUGAUAUGAAGUACCGCAAUGACACGGAAACAGUUAUGUGUAUGGUGCUUUCUAUCGGCUGGCUAUCGGUGGCAAGCGUCAUUACAUAUUAUCGUCCACUGCCGACAGAUGUCGAUCCAAAAUUUCUCCUCAUUCAACGCCGUGUCACUAUCACAUUUGCGUGGCUUCUUUGGGUCUUCCACAUAGGGUCAAUGGCCAUUGCCUGGUUCGCGCCGGACGAGGAUGGCAGGGACGAACCAUUCCAUCCCGAUAUCGAUCUCCGCCAUGCGCAGAUGUCUUUACAAGGAGGGUUAGCCUAUCCUUUUGCUUCAGAGGAUGCAACCACCGCUUUCGACCGUGCGACCACGAUCCAACCGGACACUACAUCGGAAGUACAAGCUUCGCCCGACGAGGUUGGUCUACCCAAUCUUGCCAACAUACCCGCUGCAACAAACUCUGAAAUGACGGAUCUGAGUCGCUUUCUGAGCCAACACGACGCGCUUGAGGACGCCAAUGCCGCACGAGCUCCUGGACAGUCGCUCAGAACGCCUGUCGUGUUUGCUGAAGAGCCGCUGGACACGCUUCGACCGCAGGAAUCAAUUCAAGAUCUUGCAUCUACUUGGAAGGAUAUCGUGUCUGCCGAUAUCGAAGCGGAAACCCCCGAAAUUGAAAUCACGAUGGAGCCAGAAUCACACCCUGAGGACUCAGGCGGCGCUCCUUCCUCGCAGUUAUCAGGGCCCUCAAGUCGACCUACAUUGCGCCGUCGUCGAACAGUGCGCUUCGACUCGAGCGAUACCGAAUUGUAAACAUAUGUAGUAGAUCGUGCAUUGUGAGAAUGAAUAUUGUGUGCGCGAAGGUUCUA